ACUAAUCCAAACUUUUUGUUAAACCCUUUUGUAGAGCAUGAGUUCAAAGCUCUUUCUUUCACCCACGAAAACAAUCAAUCAAUUAGCAAUAUUAUCAUGUCAUAUCUCAUACUAAAAAGAUCAUUCAGAAGACUAAUAUCAUCAUCUUCAUCAAUUCAUUUUCAAAACCCUAGUUUCAAAUCCCAAUGUCACCAUUUCUGCAGUUCACAUCUUAAAAACACAAUUCAAGCUUCUGGGUAUCAUUCUUUUUGGAAAAGAUGUAGGGGGUCAGUUUUAUUUUCUGCUAAUUAUUUAAAGAUUUCAUCUUUUGGUCCAAGUGAGCGUUUUUUUGGGUCUGGGGCUGCUGUUGAGCUAUCAAGCUCUGAUGGGCUUACUGUUGAAGGAAUUAUUGCUAAACAAUGGCCCAUUGUUGAAGAGAGUGUGAGUGAUUGGAAGAGCCAUGCUUCUUCUAUUGCUCAAUCCAUUCAUCUUAUCAAGAAAAGAUUAAAGUGGAAGAAGCUAGAAGUUAGACUGGCAAUAUUAUCUUCACAGCUAGAAAAGCCGGACUUAUGGGAUGAUCCUAUACAUGCAGGGAAAAUAAACCGUGAGCAUGGUUCACUUGUUAAUAAAGUAAAGGCAAUAAAGGUGUAUGAGCAGGAACUGUUUGAGCAUAUUGAUAUGAUAAAGCUUGCUCGUGAAGAGAAUGAUCCAAACAUGGAAUCGGAGUCCAUGAAGGCAUUAGCGAGUAUGAGAAAAAGUAUAAAAGAGAAAGAGUUGGAAGCAUUGUUAGCUGGGGAGCAUGAUUCUUGUUCUUGCUUUAUAGAGGUUCAGGCUGGUGCUGGUGGUACUGAGAGCAUGGACUGGGCAUCAAUGGUCAUGCAGAUGUACAAAAUGUGGGCUCAACAUCGGGGAUAUAGAGUUACAGUUGUAGAUGUAAUGCCUGGUGAAAUGGCAGGAAUCAAGCGAGCAACAAUUAAAGUGGAUGGUGAAUAUGCAUUUGGAUAUGCAAAAGCAGAGGUAGGAGUGCACCGGUUGGUUCGCAUAUCUCCAUUUGAUAGUGGAAAGCGCAGGCAUACCUCAUUUGCUGCUGUUGCUGUGAUUCCUAUCCUCGAUGAUGGAGCCACUACCCACUUCCAAAUUAAUGAAUCUGAUCUCCGUGUAGAGAGAAUGCGAGCUGGGGGUGCUGGUGGUCAGCACGUCAACACAACUGAGAGUGCUGUGAGGAUAACCCACAUUCCAACUGGAAUAAGUGCCUCUUGUCAAAAUGAAAGGUCACAGCAUCAAAAUAAAGCUUCUGCAAUGUCUGUACUUCAAUCUCGCUUAGAUCAGCUUGAGAUAGUUCGUCAUGCUCAAGCGAAUGCACAACACACACAAUCUCUGAAUGACAUUAGUUGGGGCAACCAGAUCCGCUCUUAUGUUCUCCAUCCAUACCGCAUGGUCAAGGAUCUGCGCACUAACUAUGAAGUUUCGGACCCUGACUCUGUUCUUGAAGGUGAUCUAGAUGCCUUUAUCUUCAGUUUUUUGUCUGCUUCAAUGGAUAAAGAUGAAGAUGACUUGUAAAAUAAAUUGGACGAAGCGUAGAGUAAGCUAGCAUGGAAUUGAAUAGGCAAGUCAGGCAUCUGCUCCAUGCAAGUAAUAUUACUCAGAUUCGAUGCUCAAUCACUGUGUGAUGAAAACCUGCAGCUUCAACUAAGCUUCUACACAAAAAACGA